CAAAUCACACACUCUCUCUCUACACACUCUUCGUGCUCUCCGCCGCCCUCUCUCUCCUCCAUUUCUCACUUCUUUCGAUACCAGAUCUCUCCUCUGUCGACGCCAAUGGCUUCCCUCGCCCAAGCUUCUGCUGCCCUUUCCACCUCCUUCAAGCCCGCUUUGGCACCUGGCAGCAGGAGCUCUGGUUUGAAAUCAGUUUCCUUUUCCGUCACUGGAAAACGCUUUCCAUCUCUCAGUUCCCGACCUGGGCACCUCCAAAUUUCUUGUGCGGCCAAACCGGAGACUAUCACCAAGGUGUGUAGCAUAGUGAAGAAGCAGCUGGCUUUAGCUGAAGACGUGGAUGUGUGUGCUGGCUCAAAGUUUUCAGAACUUGGUGCCGAUUCUCUUGACACAGUUGAGAUUGUGAUGGGACUUGAGGAGGCAUUUGGCAUCACCGUGGAGGAAGAAAAUGCCCAGACCAUCGCCACUGUUCAAGAUGCAGCUGAUCUGAUUGAGGAUCUCGUUGCGAAGAGUGCUUAAUGAAGUUUGAAGAAAACCAACACAAACAUGAGGACCCUUUUUUCUCCCUUUACUUUCUUUGUAUGAGGUUUAUAUUUUAUGAUUUUGGGACUUUAAUUAUCUCUAGUUAUGGAUGUUUUAGCGCGCUUAAUUGAAGAUCGAUCGUUAGUGGUGUUUCUAAUGUUAUGUAUUUGUUUGCUUUUAUCUCAAGAAAAAUAAUGAAAAGUUGUUUGCUCA